UUACCUUAUUUUAUUUGGUUUGCAUCUCUUGCGGAGGCAAAGACAGAGAUAGACUCGGUGAGAAAGAGAGAAGAGAGGUGAGACCAAAACCCUAGAAAGUCUGUGUGAUCUGUUAGAUCAACGAAACCAGGGGAGCAAUGGAUGAAGAGUAUGACGUCAUAGUGUUGGGAACUGGUCUGAAGGAAUGCAUCCUCAGCGGUCUUCUCUCGGUUGACGGCCUCAAGGUUCUACACAUGGAUAGGAAUGACUAUUACGGAGGAGAGUGUGCAUCACUUAAUCUUAUUCAGCUCUGGAAGAGGUUCAGGGGAGAUGAUAAGCCCCCAGCACAGUUGGGCUCUAGUAGGGAUUAUAAUGUGGACAUGGUCCCUAAGUUUAUGAUGGCCAAUGGAACUCUAGUGCGUGUCCUCAUUCAUACAGAUGUUACCAAGUAUUUGUCCUUCAAAGCUGUGGAUGGCAGUUUUGUCUAUAAUAAAGGAAAGGUUCACAAGGUUCCAGCAAAUGAUAUGGAGGCACUUAAAUCUCCACUCAUGGGUCUAUUCGAAAAGCGCCGUGCCCGCAAGUUCUUCAUAUAUGUUCAAGAUUAUAAUGAAAGCGAUCCCAAAACACAUGAGGGAAUGGACUUAACAAGAGUGACAACUAGAGAAUUGAUUGCAAAAUAUGGUCUUGAUGACAACACUAUUGACUUCAUUGGGCAUGCUUUAGCACUUCAUAGAGAUGAUCGCUACCUGGAUGAACCUGCACUGGAUACUGUGAAAAGGAUGAAGCUUUAUGCGGAAUCUAUUGCACGUUUUCAAGGAGGAUCUCCAUACAUUUAUCCUUUGUAUGGACUAGGAGAGCUUCCACAGGCAUUUGCACGACUUAGUGCGGUUUAUGGUGGUACUUAUAUGCUUAAUAAACCUGAAUGCAAGGUGGAGUUCAAUGAGGAAGGGAAAGUUAUUGGUGUCACAUCUGAAGGUGAAACUGCCAAGUGCACAAAAGUUGUCUGUGACCCUUCUUACUUACCCAACAAGGUCAGAAAGGUUGGUAAGGUUGCAAGGGCUAUAGCCAUUAUGAGCCACCCGAUUCCAAACACAAAUGAUUCUCAUUCAGUGCAGGUUAUCCUGCCACAAAAGCAGCUGGGUCGCAGAUCAGAUAUGUAUCUCUUCUGUUCCUCUUACUCUCACAAUGUUGCUCCGAAGGGAAAGUUUGUUGCGUUUGUGUCAACGGAGGCGGAAACUGAUAAUCCACAUACUGAGCUAAAGCCAGGAAUUGACCUUUUAGGGCCUGUUGAAGAGAUAUUUUUUGAUAUUUAUGACAGAUAUGAGCCGGUCAAUGAACCCUCUUUGGACAAUUGCUUUAUAUCAACUAGUUAUGAUGCCACAACACACUUUGAGUCCACUGUCAUGGAUGUACUCAACAUGUAUACCUUGAUAACAGGGAAGGUUCUUGAUCUUAGCGUGGACCUAAGUGCUGCUAGUGCUGCCGAAGAAUGAGUGGAACUGCCUGUUCAGUUUGCAGUUACAAUAGUCCUUUGUUCCAAGUACUUUGACUGCUUAAGUUGCUGGGCGCAGGUGGAGGACUGUAUGGGUUUUUUACUUUUAAUCAUAGACUCAUAUGUAAUGUAAUGUUGUUUUCUGUUCUUUAAACAUCCUUUAAAAGAAAAAGAAAAAUUGUACCUUAAAACAUGUCCAGAUUUUGGACAUGCACUUGUGUGGAGGCAUUUAAAUGAUGCGUGCCAUAUGGCAUAUUUUCUGCUU